GGGACGGAUGGAUCCCCAUCGGAAGAAGCGAGCUUCCGGGCUCGCGCUGUGAAUGACUCGGAGGCCGGGAACUCGUCAUUUAUUCAGGGCUGUUAAAAUAGUCUGGAAGGCCCGGGUACCCUGUCGGAAAGAACAGGGCUUAUUGGGAACUUGGUUUCUUGGGAACGUCAAGUGAAAACGAAGUCUUGAGUGUUUAAUAGUCACUGUCGGGAGGCACUUUAACAUGUUUAAGAUGGAAGCUGGCUUGGCGUGCGAGAACUUGUUUUAAAACGGGGAGGAGUUGUGUGUGUUCAUAACCACAGGAAACACUGCCUGAUGUAGACAUGUUUGGAAAACAGAUGUGUCGAAAGACGAAAAAUUCUCUUGGAACUUUAAAAACACGGUCUUUUUAGGAAAACGAAUUUUAAACUGAUUUCUUGUUAUGGCAGUAAAGGCUAAUGCUUCCUUUAGUUUGACUUAACAUUGUGGUCACCCAAACCGUGUGAGAAUCUGAAAAGUUCCCAGGAAAAAGAUACAAACAACUUGCUGGGGGACUUGCAGGGCCCCGCCUGGUCCCGAAAUUCCUCAGGAAGGAGUUCCUGAGUGUCAAGGUUCUUAAAUGAGGACAGUUAUAAGCUAGGACUUCUCUCAAACUUGAGUGCUGAGGAGGACUCAGAUGUUGGCCUCAGCUCCUAGGCUGAACUCAGCAGAUUGGCCCAUGAAAACUUCUGUAUUGAGACAAAGGAAAGGAUCUGUCAGAAAGCAACAUCUAUUAUCCUGGGCUUGGCAGCAAGGAAUAGGACAGGUAGUGGAAAUCCUGCAAUCUGAAAAGCAGACUGAAAGGUGACAAAGAAGCUGAAGAUGGGUGGUGGAGAGAGGUAUAACAUCCCAGCCCCUCAGUCUAGAAGUGUUAGUAAGAACCCACAACAGCUUAAUAGACAGAAGACCAAGGAGCAAAAUUCCCAGAUGAAGAUUGUUCAUAAGAAAAAAGAAAGGGGACAUACUUAUAACACGUCAGCAGCUGCCUGGCAGGCCAUGCAAAAUGGGGGGAAGAACAAAAACUUUACAAAUAAUCAGAAUUGGAACUCGAGCUUAUCAAGUCCCAGCUUGCUUUUUAAGUCUCAGACUAAUCAGAACUAUGCAGGAGCCAAAUUUAGUGAGCCACCAUCACCAAGUGUUCUUCCUAAACCACCAAGCCACUGGGUUCCUGUUUCCUUUAAUCCUUCUGAUAAGGAAAUAAUGACAUUUCAACUUAAAACCUUACUUAAAGUACAGGUAUAAAAUAAGAGCAAGUACUAAUGUUUAAAUUGAGUAAUAUUUAAGGGUAGUUGUCGAUUGUUUCCUACCAAAUUCAAUGCUAGGUAUUUAAUCUCUGUAAAACUGCUAAUUAAUGUAGAAAAUACAGACUUCAUCUUGUUUCGUGUUGCCGUGCACUGUGAUGUAGUGGUAGUAUCAGUGCCACUUAAAAUAACUAAAUUACUGAUCAUUGUAUUUGAUAACAAGUGUUCUCAAUUGAGUAACUUACGUGAAACCAUUCAAGUUUAGAUUUGGGGACUGGCAAAGGAAUCAACUUUUCCUAUUGCUUUUUGGGGUAAAAUACUGAUUUAAGAUUAUCACUCAGAAGUCAGAAGAUUUACUUGUUGAAAGCUAGUGAAUCUGGUUAUAACCAUCUAGUCAAGACAGGGAUUGAGAACUAGUUUAAUGCCCUAGAAACACCUAAACCAGUAAUGCCAACAGUAUGAUGCACUGCCAAAAGAAAAUGUGAAUUUUCCUUACAGGAUAGUCAUAGUUUAGUAAACUAAACAGUGGUGAAUGUGGAAGGGGCACUAGGAGCUAUUUAGAAUGAGACAGUGUCCUCGAGGCCCCAUUUCUUAUAUGCAGUAGAUAGGUGAACUGUAACAGAUGUGCCAAAACCAUUUUUUUAUAGAAAAAACAGUAUUUGGUGGUCACAGAAUAGCUUUCAAAAUACAUUUUGUAUUGUAGCACUGUACAAGCUAUUGACAGUGAUCUGGCCUCAAAUCAUCCCUGCAAGCUUGCUUCAAGUAGGGAGCUAUAUAAUGUGAAAGUUUUGAGUACCUAGGAAAGAAAGAGCCAUGUAAAUAUUUGUAAUAAAUUUGUAGCAUAUGUAAAGUUUUGGCAUUCAUCUUACAAAAAGAGAGUAUUUUAGUAUGAAUUCACUGAAUGUAAGACCAUGGACUCUUUUUUUACACAGUGGCCUCAUUUUAAAGGUCUGAAAUGAUUUGUUUUUAAAGUUUGCCCUUGUGCUAAAGUGCCAGUGUAUGUAUAAUUGAUCUGGUUGUAAACUAUAUUUCAAAAUCAUAGUGUAAUAAGUUUUAUAUAACUAUAACUGAAAAGAUUUUAAAGCUGCUAAAACACUUGUGAAAUGCAGUAUGGGACUAUUUUAAUUUUUAUUCCUUAAGCCCAAAGAUUAACUGUUAAAGGGUCCGUCCAACUUUAAAAAUUCAUAUUGGCUUUGAACAAUGUUUGUAACCUAUGAUACGAGUAUAUUUAAUCAUGCCAGUGUUGUUUUUGUCACCAGUAAGUGCAACCAGGGGACCAUGUAUGCAAAAGAUGUGAUUUCUUGCAUAAUACCUUGAUAACAUGUUUUACCUACUUUAAAAAUAAAUGCUAAGUAUAAUGUUAAACCAAUAUUAAAUUUAAAAUGUGGGGAUCAAUUAAAAAUUUGGUUUUAAGUGCCCUAGUCUCUAAUUUGGCAGUUUUUUUGAUAUUUUUAGGCAGAAUGGCCAUUUAUUUCUCCAGUUAAGGUGAGCUAAUAUUGCCCAACUCAAAUAAUUACUUAACGUGCAUAUACGAAUUCUGAAGCAUGAAAUUAAAAAUAAAACUGCUUUUUCUUCCCAG